UAUGAAGUGGUGCUUGCAUGCCUUGGAAAACGGCCAAAUCACGAUGAGCGAACCAUCAGUACGCGACUGACCCAUUAAUGAUAUAUCCUUUUGUAGUCUUGCGCUAUCUUAGCCUGUAAUUUAGUCCCUUACUCUUGCCUUUGCAAGAUGUCAUCCUUAGAGGCCCAACUGGUUGCGAAAGGCGUCAGUCAGGACGUAGCGAGGGCGUGCGAAGAGCUUUUCGUCAAUCUUGAAGAGGCCUGCCUCUACGCGCUGCCGCCCCUGCUGCCCGGUGGCAUUCGAGAGCAUUACUCGCUCCGCCACAACCGCUACUAUUACCACUGCAAAGCAACCGGCAAAACGUCAUGGGAGAUGCCGCCGCAGCUGCAGCUAUCUGAGUGGCUGCUGGACGCCGCCACCAGCGGACUGGAUGUACGGCGCUGUCGUAAGCUGCAUGCGGCGCUGCUGUUUGCCAUAAACAGCAAUGCACACAAGGGCAUGGCGCUGUGGCGCGCGGCGGAACUCCUGUCGCGGCUGACAGCCAACAUCGUCAACUGCGGCAACACGGUGGAAAAGUACAGGACGGUGCGCCCCUCCAACCCCAAGAUCCGGGAGGCGCUGGACGUCAUGAACGGCGGGGAGGAGGUGCUGCGGGCGGCUGGGUUCGUCACACGGAGAGGAGCAGCAGGGGCAGGGGCAGGAGCAGGAGGGGCAGCAGGGGGAGUGGGAGGGAGUGAGGUGCUGCUGUGUUUUCCGUCGGAGGGAGCGGACCUGCGGCCCCUCACCCUCAUCAACGCCAAGCUGCAGCAACUAGUGACGCGGAAGGGUUUCACAGGUUCGGCUCGCGAGGCGGACGACAGGGGCGACACCCCCGCCUCGCGGCACCGGGGCAAGCCGGGGUUCGUGUACCAGGAGGAGAUUGUGGAGUGCAGCUGCUGCAGCCGACCCAUCAACGAUGGCACGGACCGCAUCCUCACCCGCCAAAGCGAUGCGCCGCGGGGGGAGUUUAGAUACGAGUGCGAGAGGUGCAGCGGAUUCAAUCUUUGUGAGGGGUGCUGGGACAAGUACCUCGCGGGCUCGCUGUCUCCGCCUCACCCCCGCGACCACCCCUUUCAGACGCACCACCCCAAGGUCAACCCGCACAACAUCUACUCCCACACCAGCGCCACCAACCCCUGGGGGGUGGUACUAGCAGGCGGCAGUGCGGCUCGAGCCCGGGAGCGGCUCAAGGAGCGGACCGGGCUGUAAGGAGGGAGGCGGAGGCGGCAGUGGCGGGGCAUGUGUUAAGAAAAAGGGCUGUGUUAGCGUGGCGAUUGCUUAAGCGUUUGUCUGCAUUCUUGGACCUUACUAGAUUGUUGGAGCUUACAAUGGUUACUUGCUGACGUAGUUGAGCGCGGCAUGUGUUGCGUCGGCCGUGGUAUGGGGUGUGGCGGUGGUUUGCACAUGCGGCUGUGCGAAUUGACAUUGACAUGGAUGUGAUACCGGUACGACAUUACGAAGCAGCGGGUCAUUCACCUCUUGCCCCGGUAACAGGAGGAGCUCCUGCUGGAUUGAAGGGCUGCAUCUCUUCCGCCUAGCAUAUUGCAUGAAGGGAAUUUUGGAUUAAAUUUUUAAUUGCUCCUAUUUAUAGCUGUCAAUAGCAUCUGCUUGCACUUUUGGAAGCGGGGCAGUGAGGAAGGAGGGCCAAGGGAGGAGAGCGGGGGAAGCGCUACCGGAGGUCAGGGUGGUCCCAAGAUGUGGUUCAUGCUGAGCCCCCCUGCAUGCUCUCGCAUCUGUCAAAUUGAGUUUUGCCCCGGUUCUGGGUAAUGCAAUCGCACUUGUUGCCGGUGGACUCCUCCUGACCCACGGGUCGGUUUAAUGCUUGUUGUGCUGCGGACAAGUGUAACGUGAC